AGAAACUGGGAGAUAGCAUAAAUCUUCGUAGACAACUUGGCUGCAAGCAGUUAAACUGAAAUUAACUUCUGCUUUCUGGCUGCAGAGUGCUAGUCUGACGUUCCUGCGUGAUACUCUGCAGACUGAAUCAUGCCAGCGUUAUCAACUGGAUCUGGAAGUGACACAGGUCUGUACGAGCUGCUGGCUGCAUUGCCAGCCCCGCUGCAGCCACAUGUGGACAGCCAGGAAGACCUGACCUUCCUCUGGGAUAUGUUUGGUGAAAAAAGCCUUCAUUCACUGGUGAAGAUUCAUGAAAAACUGCAUUAUUAUGAAAAACAGAACCCGGUGCCCAUACUCCACGGUGCAGCAGCCUUGGCAGAUGAUCUGGCUGAGGAGCUGCAGAGCAAGCCACUGAGCAGUGAGAUCAGAGAACUGUUGAAACUCCUCUCAAAACCCAAUCUCAAGGCUUUGCUCUCUGUACAUGAUACUGUUGCUCAGAAGAACUAUGAUCCUGUCUUGCCCCCCAUGCCUGACGAUAUUGAUGAGGAAGAAGAUUCAGUCAAAAUAAUCAGACUCGUCAAAAACAGGGAACCAUUGGGGGCUACUAUUAAAAGGGAUGAACAUACUGGUGCAAUUGUGGUGGCCAGGAUAAUGCGUGGAGGAGCUGCAGAUAGAAGUGGUCUUAUUCAUGUUGGUGAUGAACUGAGGGAAGUCAAUGGGAUUCCCGUAGAUGAUAAAAAACCUGAAGAAAUAAUACACAUUUUGGCUCAGUCUCAAGGAGCAAUUACAUUUAAAAUUAUACCUAGUGUGAAGGAAGAAAUGCCAGUGAAAGAAGGCAAGAUGUUUAUCAGAGCCCUAUUUGACUAUGAUCCUAAUGAGGAUAAAGCAAUUCCUUGUAAAGAAGCUGGACUUGCUUUCAGAAAAGGAGAUAUCCUUCAGAUCAUGAGCCAGGAUGACGCAACCUGGUGGCAGGCCAAACACGAAGGUGAUGCCAAUCCCAGAGCAGGCUUGAUCCCUUCAAAGCAUUUCCAGGAAAGGAGAUUUGCACUAAGACGACCAGAAGUGCAGAUUCAGCCACUGAAGAUUUCCAACAGAAAAUCAUCUGGUUUUAGAAGAAGCUUUCGUCUUAGCAGAAAAGAUAAAAAAACAAACAAAUCUAUGUAUGAGUGCAAGAAGAGCGAUCAGUAUGAUACAGCAGAUAUCCCAACAUAUGAAGAAGUUGCAAAAUAUAGACGACAACCUAAUGACAAAUACAGGCUUGUAGUUUUGGUUGGUCCUGUGGGGGUUGGGCUGAAUGAACUUAAACGGAAAUUGCUGAUCAGUGACACCCAGCAUUACGGGGUAACAGUGCCACACACUACCCGACCAAGGAGAAGCCAAGAAAGUGACGGUGUCGAAUACACUUUCAUUUCCAAGCACUUGUUUGAGACAGACGUACAGAAUAACAAGUUUAUCGAGUACGGCGAGUAUAAGAACAACUACUAUGGUACAAGUUUAGAUUCUGUUCGAUCCGUUCUAGCUAAAAACAAAGUUUGUUUGUUGGAUGUGCAGCCUCAUACAGUGAAACACUUACGGACAUAUGAAUUUAAACCAUUUGUUAUAUUUAUAAAGCCUCCGUCACUUGACCGUUUGAGAGAGACCAGAAAAAAUGCCAAGAUUAUUUCAAGUAAAGAUGAUAAGGGAACUGCAAAACCCUUUACAGAAGAAGAUUUUCAAGAAAUGAUUAAAUCUUCCCACGUGAUGGAGAGCCAGUACGGCCACCUUUUCGAUAAGGUGAUAGUCAACGAUGACCUCGCUACCGCUUACAGUGAGCUUAAAACAACUUUUGACAGGUUGGAGACUGAGACCUUCUGGGUUCCCGUCAGCUGGCUACAUUCAUAAUAACGUUUUAAAUAGACAAAACAUCUGCUGUUGUCUCAGCAUCUGAAUAUGGGGCACGGUUAGGCGUUACUUGAUGGCCAUUUUCUUGGUAGGAGGGCUUUCUAACUCUACCUGAGCAGCAGGUACACUCUUCAUGCACUUGGAACUGGUCUUGUUUUCCUGUGUCUUCAAUCCUCCUGCCCACAAUUUUGGGGCGGAACAGUCAGAUUAAACCGAAGUCUUACUAUGCUCCAUAAAGUGAGCGAAUACUAGUGUAACAAAACUGCCAAACACCUCUGUAUCAUCAUCUGUGUAUUUCCAAGGUAAGCUUUUUUAAUGGAGAGUUUGCAGAAGAUACUAAUUAAUACUGGAGAUCAGCACUUUGGUGGCUUUAAGCGUAACUGCUCCCAUAAAGAGCCCAUCAGCACUUGGAACUUAUUACCCCUUAAGUGCUUGAGAGAACUGAAACAGGCAAAAGCGACCAACAUUUUUAUGAGGAAGACAUUGUAGUUUUAAUUACAUAUCAAGAUAAGUGUUUUUACUUUUCUAGAUGUGAACCUUGUCUUAUAUGUACAGAGUGAUUUUAGUAUUCCUUUGCACUUACAUAGUCAUGGAAAAAAAGAUGUAUUCAGUGGCUUAAUUGUGAAGUACUCUGCUGUGAGCAUGCAUGGAUUGAAAAUAUUUUCACGCAUGCUUUGUGGCGCAACAAAGAAAACUCACGGGAAUAUUUAUUUAAAUAGGGAAAAAUGUGAGUUACUAUGUUACUAUGUAUAUAACUUCAAAGUCUUUGGGAUUAAUCUUCUGUAAAAUCAGUGGCAAAGUGAUAUGAAUAGCAACAAAGUAGAGAGUAAAUUUCAAACAUUUUUGGCAUCCUUUAGAACAAUUUUACCCAUCAGAAAUUUUCAAACAACUAGUGAGGAAACCUUGGAGAUCUGGGAAGCAGUUGCAAGAGAUUAAUUCUUUUUAUUGUUCAGUAUGUAGUGAUGCUUUUUAGUAGUGUAACAGAUACUUUGUCUCCACUCAAAAAUAAAUUAAUGCUGUAGACUUCGCUGUAAAAAACAUCCUUGUCACUGGUCAGACACAGUUGGAAACCUCAUUUUAAAAUUUGUUGUGGCAGUGUAAGCAAAUGUAUAUUAGAUGAUGUAUUUUUAAUAUAGAUAACUUGGUAUUUUUCUUUAUUUACUACUGAUAUGCAGGAAAUGAGUACAGCUGUAAAGACCAAGUAACACCUGUGUGUUGUGUUGUGAACAUGUCUUGUGAGUACAGCAUGUGUAUAGGAACUUGCUGACUUCAGAUCAUCACAUCUGUGGCAUUCAAACAGGAAACCGGUAUUUCGUGUUAAUCUGUAAAGAGAAUAUAGCUGUCUUGUUUAAAGAAAAAAGAAUUUAGUGAAACUUUAUAUAUUUAUGAAGGGGUUGAAAAGGGAUGUUAGGUUUUUAAAUUUCUUGUCAAGGUGAUCAUUUACUAAGCAGAUUACUAAGUCUGUAAUUUGAAACACUGUCUCUGUAAAUGGAGCUCAACAUUCCAUGUAAAUAUUUUAUUUCAGUUCAUAUGCUGAUAAAGCCAUCAGAUUUUGCAGUUUUAUUCUAAAUGCAUAUUUAAUGUGUGGGUCAUUGCAUUUGGCUUAGAGUCGUAUAAAAUAAAUGAAAUGCAAGCAACAACAGCAAAAUCCUUAGGAGUCUGGAAAUGUUUAUGCAAGAGUUACAGAUGUACUGAAUCCCAGUACGGAUACACGCUCUGCCUGUAUAGCUAUAAUGUCACUUUUGUCAAAUUUCACCGUUUUCCUGGUGGACUUAAACUUUUUUGUAACAUAAAUAGAAAUUUGUUGAUUAAAUUAAUGUCACGGAGAUUAUGAUAGUUGAGAAAAACGUUUUCUAUUUUUUUUAAUUACUGAAAAUCAAACUAUUUUUCAGAGGAUCUGGAAUUCAGCGGGUCUGUUCGCCUUUGCCUGCGAGACGCCGAGUGCCCUCGCCAUCUCUUGCAACCAACCCAAACUUGAGAGGGCUCUCGGCAUCUCUCAGGAUCUGGCCGUUUCCAACAAGAGGGGCUUUAGUUCUUACUGAAACACUCUUAACACUGCUUCUAACCUGGGCUGUCUCAGAACAUUAGUGUACAAUAACGCUCACGUAAGGGACCUGCUUUUCUCUUCAAGAAAGAGAUGCUAGAAUAAUCUGCAGACUCCCUGUUAGAAGCAGUUCUGGCUGUCCUGCAGGCUGUUUUUCUUGUCCUUUUGAAAUUAAUUUAAUUCCCAUUCCUGGGUCGGUGUGGUCUAGGAGGACCUUCUACAACAGGUUUGCUGUAGAGAGACACUGACCCUCUGAUCCUCAGCACAGCCCUGGCUGGAGUUUCCUAGACGGAUGGCUGCCUGCCCCGUCUCCAAGCCAGGAGCUAAUUCCUGAAUUGUAACACCUGCAAAAGAAAGGGAAUCACAAAAACAUAUAUCCAACCAACAGAGUAAAAUGUGCACAGUCUCUUUCAGGAGUGAGAAAUAGUUUUAAUUAAACUACUAGAUUGCUCUUGAAAAUCAACAUUAUUGCAGUGUUAGCUUAAAAAAAAACAACCAAAA